AACGUGAACGCAGCGCCCGCAAGACAAGACAUCAAGUACGAGCAUUAAGGAGUACCCCCUGUUAGGCAGCCGAUUAUCCAAGAUCCUAAUCGUCAUUAGGGCAACCAAUUAGACAAGUCAGUGAUUGUGAUAAUGCUUAAAGGUGUUCCCACGCUAGCCGGUCGAAACCUUCGUCUUCUGACGAGCCAGGCACAGGUGCUGGUCCAUCAGCGCGCCAAGGCGUCCGCCGCCGAGCCCGUCGAGGAAUUCGACCAGGAGACGGAUCUCUUGAAGCGCCUCAGGUUCGGACACACGGGCAAACAGCUGCAGCAGAAAAUAAUCAAUGAGAAAAAACUGCGCGCUCCACCGCUUAUGAACUUGGUGUUUGCCAAUCGAAAGUUGUCCUUCUACGAUACCAGUUCCACGCCAAAGACCAAAGAGGAUAAUGCCAAGCUCACUCAGAGACGCCACUAUUCAAUGCGGCCCCAUCGCGAGCAGGAGCAACGAAAUGCGGAGGAUGUGCUAUUCGACAUGUUCGCCAGCGAGGAGACGGGCCUCAUCUCGAUGGGCAAGUUCCUGGCCGGGCUAAAGACCACCGGCAUACGCAGGAAUGAUCCGCGAGUGCGCGAACUGAUGGACAACUUGAAGAAGGUGCACAAGCUGAAUAACUACGAGACGGGCUCUUCGGCGGAAACGCAGCAUCUCAAUCGGGAGACCUUCAAGGCUGUGGUGGCCCCCAAUAUUGUGCUGAUUGCCAAGGCCUUCCGGCAGCAGUUCGUGAUCCCCGACUUUACGAGCUUCGUCAAGGACAUCGAGGACAUCUACAACCGCUGCAAGAGCAACACACUGGGCAAGUUGGCCGACUACAUUCCGCAGCUGGCUCGCUAUAAUCCCGAUUCGUGGGGCCUGAGCAUCUGCACCAUUGACGGACAGCGCUUCUCCAUCGGCGACGUGGAUGUGCCCUUCACACUCCAGAGUUGCAGCAAGCCACUGACCUACGCCAUUGCCCUGGAGAAGCUGGGCCCCAAGGUGGUGCACUCGUAUGUGGGCCAGGAGCCGAGUGGCAGGAACUUCAACGAGCUCGUCCUGGAUCAGAACAAAAAACCGCACAAUCCGAUGAUCAACGCUGGUGCCAUCCUGACCUGCUCCCUGAUGAACGCCUUGGUGAAGCCGGACAUGACCUCCGCUGAGAUCUUCGACUACACCAUGUCCUGGUUCAAGCGCCUGUCCGGCGGAGAGUACAUCGGCUUCAACAACGCCGUAUUCCUGUCCGAACGUGAGGCCGCCGAUCGGAACUACGCGCUGGGCUUCUACAUGCGGGAGAACAAGUGCUUCCCCAAGCGCACCAAUCUUAAGGAGGUGAUGGACUUCUACUUCCAGUGCUGCUCCAUGGAGACCAACUGCGAGGCAAUGUCCGUGAUCGCCGCCAGUUUGGCCAACGGGGGCAUCUGUCCCACCACCGAGGAGAAGGUCUUCAGGCCGGAGGUCAUCCGGGAUGUGCUCUCGAUCAUGCACUCCUGCGGCACGUACGACUACUCCGGGCAGUUCGCCUUCAAGGUGGGUCUGCCAGCCAAGUCCGGAGUUAGUGGCGGCAUGAUGCUGGUCAUCCCCAACGUAAUGGGCAUCUUCGCCUGGUCCCCGCCCUUGGACCACUUGGGCAACACAGUGAGAGGACUACAGUUUUGUGAGGAGCUGGUCUCCAUGUUCAAUUUCCAUCGCUACGACAACCUGAAGCAUCUGUCCAACAAAAAGGAUCCGAGGAAGCACCGCUACGAGACAAAGGGUCUGUCCAUCGUCAAUCUGCUCUUUUCAGCUGCCAGCGGAGAUGUUACGGCCUUGCGCCGUCAUCGACUCUCCGGAAUGGACAUCACCCUGGCCGACUACGAUGGUCGCACUGCCCUCCAUUUGGCUGCCUCCGAGGGACACUUGGAGUGCGUGAAGUUCCUGCUGGAGCAGUGUCAUGUACCCCACAACCCCAAGGAUCGUUGGGGCAAUCUGCCCGUGGAUGAGGCCGAGAACUUUGGCCACAGUCACGUGGUGGAGUUCCUGCGCUCCUGGGCUGAGAAGGCCGAUCUGUCCAACGAGGAGUGCAACCCCGAGGCGGUGACCAGCAAGACACAAGCGGAUGAGGUCAGUUCAGGUGCAAGUCCAUGUUCAAGUCCAGGGCCAAAUCCAGGGUCAAGUACAGGGUCAAGUCCAAGUUCAAGUCCAUGUUCAAGUCCAAGUUCAAGUCCAGGGUCAAGUCCAUGUUCAAGUUUAAAGACGGGAAACCUCUUGGGGCAAAAUCCAAGCAAGCCAAAUGACAACUUAAAGCUGAAUUCCAAUCUCGCCUUCCAGGAAAUCUGCAGCACAAGCGAUUUGGAGACCAGUCCGACCACCAGUCCCAUUCCCACCCCCGUGGAAUCCGGAUCCAGGGCAGGAUCCGGGCGGUCCAGCCCGGUGCCAUCGGAAGCGGGCAGUACGGCGAGCGUCGGAAGCAGCAUCGAUGACAAAACCAAGCCGGGACUAUAGGCGCACACAGAGAUCCAGGAUCCCAGCAGAAUCUCUCUGACUAAAUUAUUCGCACAACCUAUUAGUUUAUGUAUAUGAUGUAUUAGAUUAAAGUUAAGAGUACCCGAAAUGCCACCAGUUCACGCUGGCCGGUUAGUCCUAUAUAAUUUGUAGUAUUCAUCCCACGUGCAAGUCGUGGUCCUGCGGCAUUUGUACUUGUACUUGGUAGUGCUUAGUUAGCCACAAAAAUUCCAUGUAAUCCUACGAAACAAUGACAAUAAUCCUAACGGAUAUCCAACGAACCCACACAAUUUGGGUCUGUGACCCGCGCAAAUGUAUUGCAUUCGUACUUGUCAAUUGAUAUGUGUAUGCUUUUGAAUGUGUAUUGAUAAUCCUUUUUAAGCAGAUCCAAAUAUGUCUGUUAAGAUAUACCUGAUUGAUUGAAUAUAUACAUGUUUAGCUGAGAAUACACAAAUAUAUGGCAUAUCGUCACUUAA